AUGACGUUGCGCGCCUGUGCUAGCGCGAGGCCGUUCGUUCCGCUUCUGGGAUUGUUCCUCAAACACAGCAGCCGGCACAGGAUUUCCGAGCUAGCGAUCUCGUGGCACACGCUAGACGUCAGCGAGGCGACGGUACGCAACCAGACCUCCCCAACCAACACUUGGCACGCCGAUUUCCCAGUCUCGGCUAACACAACGAACUGCGACAACUCGCAUCUGCUGGAUGAGAUCGUUCUUGCCAUCGAUAUUGUCAACACAGGCGGAGCUCUAGAGAUGACUCGGCCAUGUCCCCGGAACGCCAACAGGGGCGACUUCCUCGACCAAACCCCUUCCUGCUUCUUGCGGGUUAGCAGCCUACACUACUGUUCCGGCGGCGCCUGGAGUGAAGUGCGCGUUAAGAAGGUAGAUGAAGAAGUAGAUAAGGAGGCGAAUGACGAGUUCGACGCGCCGUGCCAGGAGACCGGCUACGGCGUCAUUGUUCAGCUCCAAAGCAGUAGACACGCCGCUGGUCUCGUUUGCGUCGUCUACAACUUCAACUAA